GAGGGAUGCGGCUGGCAGCUCGGGGGGGUCAACCCGCGGGUAGAAGCUGGGGCAGCGCUCCGGCAGCCGCCUCCCUCCGUCUCCUCCUUCUCCCGUUCCGAGCCCUGCGGGUGCCGGCAGGGCGGGGCGAGGCGGGCUGGCGGCGGCUCCCGCGGGACUCCGACCCCCCCGGCCCGGCCCGGCGGCGAAGGGCGGGCGGAGGCGGUGCGGGCUGCACCUGCCGAGCUGCGCGGCUGGGUUCGGCUCGGAGCGGUGCGGCUCGGAGGAGCCAUGCCGGCAGCCACUGCGCCGGGGCCGGACGAGCCGCGCACCGCUGCGCCCGGGCGGGAUGGCGGCGGGCCCCGCGGGUACACAGGGCAGUGCAGCCACGUACCCCCUCCCCAGCUGGGCACCCUGCAGAUCAUUCAUGGCAAUGGCACAGCCGUGGGGACGGUCAUCGCCUUCCAGUGUGCGGCCGAGCACCAGCUGGAGGGGCCGGGCGUCAUCACCUGCAUUUGGAAGGGGAACAAUACCCAGUGGACGGCAGAAGCGCCCUCCUGCAAGCCCAUAUCGAAGUAUGAGACUUUUGGAUUUAAAGUCGCAGUGAUUGCUUCCAUCGUGAGCUGUGCCAUCAUUCUGCUGAUGUCCAUGGCUUUUUUAACCUGUUGUCUCAUCAAGUGUGUGAAGAAAAGUGAAAGGAGGAGGACUGAAAGAGACAUGCAGCUGUGGUAUCAGCUCAGAACUGAAGAACUGGAGAACAUGCAUGCUGCUUACUUUGGUUAUAAGGGAAGAAACAACAACAACAACAACAAGAAACUCAGGAAUAAUUCUGUAUUUGAUGAUGUGACUAACAUGGCAUAUGACAACCAAGGCUUCUACAGAUUCCAGGAGGAGUGGACUCGGGACAUGGCAGCUUCGGGGCGCUGCAAAGCCAGUGAGCGGCUGCCCAAGCUCAGCAGCAGCAGCAGCACACCUGGGAGACCCACAGAGCCAGGACACAGCACUGCUCUGCACACAGUGAAUUCAGUCCACGUGGUUGAGGUCUAUGGACACACGGACAGAUACAACAAACCCAGGUGUCAGAUACCUGGCUAGCUGCUGGCUGAAGUGCACUUGCUUCUCUGGACCAAAAUGAAGUGGAUUGAAAUAAUGUGCCUUAAAGAUAACGCAGGAAGUUAACUACUCAUUUGAGUCUGAAAGUUUUAUAUAUUACAAAGUGGUUAUUUAACAGGAAUACUUUGAGGUCUGAUAUAAAUAAAAUAAGGAACGUUGA